AUGGCGAAUGCUAAACUGAUGUGGCUCCAGUAUUCAAAAUUUGUUACUGAACUUCUGCUUUUGACGAAACUGUGGCUGGUGGAAGCUGGGGGUUAUAUUAUGUCCAUAAACGAGGAUGAUGUGAAGAAUGAUUCUGAUAAUGAUUUGGGUGAUGAUUUCGAUUAUCAACCGAAUGCAGAAGACGAUGCUGAAGACGACCAUGUGGAUUUGCUGGAUUCUACUAGCAAGAGUGAAGAAGUUUGUGGUGUAAAAAGAAUAGCAGAUUUAAUGGUGGAGGAUAUUUGGAACCUGGAGUUUAGGACAGAGGAUGAGGCCUGCCAGUUUUAUAACGCUUAUUCUUGUUGGCAUAGAUUUAUAAUGAGGAAGGACGACGUGGUUAGGGAUAAUCAAGGUAGAAUCAUUAGCAGGCAACUUGUUUGCAACAAAGAGGGCUGGAGGAAUAUGAGAUGGAAGGUAUCAUGUUUUGUCGAAUCUCACAACCACGAUCUGACGCCACCCCAAUUUGCGCAUCUGGUUCCGGCCAAUCGUCGUCUCACUGUCACCGAUAAAGUCCAAGUGGAAAAUCUUCAUAAUUUUGGUGUCAAGACCUGCCAUAUUAUGGGGUAUAUUGCGUUCCAGAAGGGUGGAUAUCGUCAUGCUGGCUUCACACGCAAAGAUUUGUACAACCACAUUGAUUGUUAUCGUCGGUCAAAGGUUAGAAACGGGGAUGCCAAUGCGGCAAUAAACUAUUUGAUUGGCAAGUCAAACAACGAUCCGCUGUUCUUUGGAAAGUAUACGUUCACUUGUGACGAAAGGCUCGAGCAUAUUUUUUGGGCAGAUGGGCAGUCAAUUAUCGACUAUCACUGUUUUGGAGAUAUUGUUGCCUUUGAUUCAACCUACAAGAAGAAUAAAUACAACAAGCCUUUGGUCAUUUUCUCUGGAUGCACUCAUCACGGGCAGACUGUUAUCUUCGGCUCCGGCCUACUAUCCGACGAAACCACAGAGACGUAUAAGUGGUUGUUGGAAACCUUUGUUGAAGCGAUGAGUGGAAAAAGUCCAAAAGCAGUAAUAACUGACGGAGACCUUGCCAUGCGAGAUGCAAUCAAGAAUGUUCUGCCUGAUGCGACCCAUCGGUUAUGCGGCUGGCAUCUGCAGAGAAAUGCAUGUGAAAAUAUAAAGAAUCCUAAUUUCCUGCGCGAUUUUAAGGGUCUUAUAUACGACAACAACGACCAGAGAGACUUUGAUCAGAGAUGGGCAGCCAUUUUGGAUAAGCACAACCUUGUUGGCAGUACCUGGAUGGAAAAGACAUACGAAACUCGUGAGAUGUGGUCCCAUUAUUUCCUCCGGGAUAAGUUUUUCGGUUACAUAAGGACGACAUCACAGUGUGAAGGUAUAAAUUCUCUCAUCAGAUUCUAUGUUAAUCGCAAGAACACCCUCAUUGACUUCAUGCAUAACCUGGAUAGGGCCUUAAAGGAGUAUAGAAACAACGAAUUAAUAGCUGACUUUAAGUCUUAG